UACUCACGACACGAGAUCACGGAAGUUGUAGCUAGGUAGCUCGCUCGUAGUCGAUCAAGUAUGCGCCAGCAGCUGCUAGCCAUGGGGUCCGCGGCGGUGCGGAGGACGAGCCAGUCGUACGUGCGCCCGGUCGCCGCGACGCCGCCCGGCGCGCUGGAGCUCUCCAUCAUCGACCGCGUCGUAGGGCUGCGCCACCUGGUGCGCUCCCUCCACGUCUUCGACGCGCAAGGCGGAGCCGGGGGACGGCAGGGUCGUCCGUCGUCGCCGUCCCCGGCGCGCGUCGUCCGGGAGGCGCUCGGGAAGGCGCUGGUGGACUACUACCCGUUCGCGGGGCGGCUCGUGGACGGCGCUGGCGGCCCCGUGAGCGCCCGCGUGGAGUGCACCGGCGAGGGCGUGUGGUUCGUGGAGGCCGCCGCCGACUGCAGCCUGGAGGAGGCCGGGCGCCUCGACCAGUACCCGUUCGUCAUCCCCGAGGAUGACCUGCUGCCCAACGCCGCGCCAGGCGUCGAGCCGCUUGACCUCCCGCUCAUGGUGCAGGUGACGGAGUUCACUUGCGGCAGCUUCGUGGUGGGGCUCGUCUCCUGCCACGCCAUGGCCGACGGCCUGGGCGCCGCCCAGUUCAUCAACGCCGUCGGCGACUACGCCCGCGGCCUCCCCAAGCCCCGCGUGAGCCCCGCCUGGGCCCGCGACGUCGUCCCGAACCCUCCCAAGCUGUCCUCCGCGCCGGCCCCCUUCCCGCGGAUGUUCCAGUUCCGGCACCACGCCGUGGACCUGAGCCUCGACAGCAUCAACAGGGCCAAGUCCCAGUUCCUGCAGGCCACGGGGCAACGCUGCUCCAGCUUCGACGUCGCCGUCGCCAAGGUGUGGCAGGCGCGGACGCGGUCGCUGCGGCUCGCCGACCCGUCCACGCGCGUCAGCGUCUGCUUCUUCGCCAACACGCGCCACCUCGUGCCCGGUGGCGGUGGCGCCGGGUUCUACGGCAACUGCUUCUACCCGGUGACGGUGAGCGCGGAGAGCGGCGCGGUGGAGGGCGCGGACUUGGCCGGCGUCGUGGCCAUGAUCCGGGACGCGAAGGCGAGGCUCCCCGCCGAGUUCGCGCAGUGGGCGGCGGGCGAGCUCGUGGAGAAGGACCCCUACGAGCUGACCUUUUCGUACGAGUCGCUGUUCGUGUCGGACUGGACCCGGCUGGGGUUCCUGGACGCUGACUACGGCUGGGGGACGCCGUUGCAGGUGAUACCCUUUACGUACCACCCGGCCAUGCCCAUCGCCAUCAUCAGCGCGCCGCCGGCGCCCAAGGCGGGGGCAAGGAUCAUGACACGGUGCGUCGAGGAGGAGAGCUUGCCGGAGUUCAGCGAGGAGAUGAAAGCAUUUCAGAAGUGAAAUGAAUAUGCUCGAUCUGACAUGAUGAACCUGCUCCCAACGACUUUGUGCCUCUUAAGUUUUUUUUAAAAAAACUUUGUGCCUCUUGUCGAAAUCUGUGGACUUGUCCUGUAGUGGUAUAUGUGAUGUACGCUUCAAAAAUCAAAAUGUGUGCUGCUCUGGCUGCUGGUUUUGAGUGUUUGGGCUGUAUCUUGGGCUAGCCUUGGCUGUGUAAUAAGAUACGGCCCACUUAUAUAUGGAAAUUGUAAGGUACACUUUAUACAAGGGUUCUCCUAUUUCCUUUAUAAUAAUAAAGUAAUUUUUUUU